AAAAAAAAAAGAAGAAGAAGAAUUGUAUGCCCUUGGCCUUAAACAUUGCCGAGUCUUUGGUCUUCUAUUUCCUGUUCCUUUUCCUGCCCUGGAGAGAAGAAGAAAGAGAAGAAGAAAGAGAAGAGGAGAGAAGGAAGAAAUAAACGCUGAUUGAAUCAAGAUUCCAUUUUUAUAUUGCCAAUCCAAUCCAUCCCCACUAAGCUUUCAGUGACUCAUGCAUGGCCUUUCCUGAGUGAUGUGGCAUAAAUGGAAGGAAAAGUUCUCGCAAAAGUUGUCCGACUAUAUCAAACCUUUGCUGGGGAUUGAUUGACUUACUUGUCUUCAUUGGUGAACAUGAGACCUUCGCCUCGUCCAAUUAUAUGCUAUAGGCCUUUACGACCAUCCGACCUUGAGAUUUUAGAAAAAAUUCAUGGUGAUUUAUUUCCAAUUAGGUAUGAGUCUGAGUUUUUCAAGAACGUAGUCAAUGGCUGUGAUAUUGUAUCCUGGGCAGCCGUUGAUCGCAGUCAACCAAGUGACCAAGGUGAUGAACUUGUUGGGUUUGUAACCGCGCGAGUCGUUCUUGCAAAAGAAAGUGAGAUUGGGGAUAUGCUUAGUUAUGACUCGUCAAGAUCAGAUCAAACGUUGGUCUACAUUUUAACAUUGGGAGUUGUAGAAACCUACAGAAAUCUCGGCAUAGCUUCUUCACUGAUCCGUGAGGUCAUAAAAUACGCCUCAAGUAUCCCGACCUGCCGCGCCGCCUACUUGCAUGUCAUUUCUUACAAUAAUCCUGCUAUCCGUUUGUACAGCAAAAUGUCAUUUAAGUGUGUGCGGAGACUUCAAGGUUUCUACUUGAUCAAUGGUCAGCACUACGAUUCGUAUCUGUUUAUUUAUUAUGUAAAUGGUUGUCGACCUCCCUGCUCACCACUAGAGCUUGUCACUGCUGUGCUGAGAUACAUGAGGAAUGCUUUCAAGUCGAUGUCAGCACGACUGCGGAGGAACGAGGAUAGGAAGGUCCUGAAAUGGGCGAAAUGUAGAGAAGCCCGCAGUCUUAUAUCGACAAAUCAAAGCAGGAGAAACAUGGCAGCUGAGUGUACAGGUUGUGAGUGUGUUUGAUUGUUAAUUUUAUUGGAAGACAAGGAACAAAAGAAAAGGCUCGUAGGUUAUAUAAAGUGUUGUAAAAUCCCUUAUCUUAGCGUUCCUUUUAGCCUUUGAAAUAAUGUCUCAACUAAUAAAAAGUCUGAUUUUGACUAUAAAGUAUUAGAGUUAUAUUCA